CCUGCUUGGGUCCCGCCGCUCGGAUUUGUUUGGCGUGUUUCUGCUGGUAAAAUACUGUUCUGUUCCCGCCGGAGGUGACGAAAAACGAUGGCAGAAUAUUUGGCAUCGAUUUUCGGUACCGAAAAGGACAAGGUCAAUUGUUCGUUUUACUUCAAAAUCGGAGCCUGCCGUCACGGGGAUCGAUGUUCGCGCAUCCACAACAAGCCAACGUUCUCGCAGACUUGUCUGCUCCAGAACCUGUACGUGAAUCCCCAGAACUCAGCCAAAUCGGCCGACGGAAGCCAUCUGGUUGCCAACGUUUCAGACGAAGAGAUGCAAGAACACUACGACAACUUUUUCGAGGACGUGUUUGUGGAGUGUGAGGACAAGUAUGGCGAGAUCGAGGAAAUGAACGUGUGCGACAACCUUGGCGAUCACCUGGUCGGCAAUGUAUACAUCAAGUUCCGUCGCGAAGAGGACGCCGAACGUGCCGCCAAGGAUUUGAACAAUCGCUGGUUCGGCGGAAGACCCGUUUACUCAGAGCUUUCACCGGUUACGGACUUCCGCGAAGCGUGCUGCCGCCAGUACGAGAUGGGCGAAUGCACUCGCUCCGGGUUCUGCAACUUUAUGCACCUAAAACCGAUUUCGCGCGAGCUGCGCCGAUACUUGUACUCACGCCGUCGCGGACGUUCACGCUCCCGCUCGCGAUCGCCUCGUCGUGGUGGUGGUGGCGGGGGUGGAGGUGGCGGGGGCGGUGGUGGUGGCGGAGGUGGUGGUGGCAUUGGCGGUGGACAUGAUCGUUCUCGUGACAGGCGCCGUUCACGCAGCCGGGAUAGGAAAAACGAUCGGAAUGACAACGGUCGCAAGGGGCGAUACUGAAAUUCAGCAAAAAUUUACCUCUUUUUACGCUAUAACAAAAUGAAGAAUGGCUCAACGUGUAGGAAGUUUUCUACAAGUGGAAAAAGCCUGUCAUCUUUUUGCAUCCGACAAAACUGAUUGAACGUGACCGGAACAACCGCCAAUCAUCGUUUGAACCACAACAAAUACACAUAGAACUGACAAUGUUCAAUCUAUUGCUAAUCUAACUGUAAAGGUAAAAACGGAAAUACAAAACACGCGUACA